UUUUUGUAGUAGAUUCUGUCGAUAGUCAACGCUCCAGUGAAGCUAUUUCGUGUUUAGAACAAAUUUUGUCAAAUUCAAAUGUACAAAAACAACCUUUCCUCGUCCUUUUAAAUAAAUGUGAUAAUGAAAUGUCUCCUUUACAAAUAAAUGGAUAUAAAGAAGAUUAUGUAGUUAAAGAUAAUGAAAAUUCAAGUGAUAUAAGCAAAGAUGAUUUUCAACAAACAACAUUUCAGUCAACUUCUGGCGGAUGGAGAAGUUUUGAAUUAGACAACACCGAAGGAAUUAAUGGAGAUUGGGAACAAAAUAGUGAUUAUGGUUCGUCUUCUUUUUCGUCAACAAUUCCUUUAUCGACGCCAAUGACGGCUGUAAUACUAAAAUCAGAAAUUGACAGCCGUUUGGGAGAAGUUUUGCAAGGAGAUGUGGCUAUUUUCUCAAUUUCUGUAAGUCUGAUAAAUAAUUUUGUUAAGGAGAGCUUUUUAUGA